AUGGCCGACAACAACAAGGCCGACCAAGGAGCACCUGGGGAAAAUUCCGAGGAAUGCGGCGCAGGCGAAAAUGUCGACGAAGAAGAUCCUGCAUCAGAAAAUCUAGAGAUUCAGAUUGUUCCAGCCCUAAAUGCUCCACCUGAAAAUGAGUGGUAUCAUGGUAGGCUUGAUCGGCACACUGCUGAGAUUAGGCUGAAAGAGCGGGCCACUCCUGGAGACUAUCUGAUCCGGGAGAGUGAAAGCAAACCAGGAUCUUAUGUGCUCUCCUACUAUGGGAAAACAGGAAUAAAUCAUUUCAGAAUUACAGCCAUGACAGGUGAUUACUACAUUGGUGGUCGUCAGUUUGACACUCUGUCAGACUUGAUUGGCUAUUACACAACUGUCUCAUAUCUCCUCAAGGGAGAGCAGCUGAUCAGUCCAGUGCCUCCACCUGAGCCAGUAGAUGAUAGAAGGAAAGUGAUAGCCAUCUUCCCCUACUGCAAAAUGCAGGAGACUGAUGAACUGAGCUUUGAGAAGGGUGACAUCUUCGUUGUUAACAACGAGAUGGGUGAUGGUUGGCUGUGGAUGUGUAAUCAGCGAACGGGUGAGGAGGGGCAGGUGUAUGAGGAGCUCGUAGAAGAUCUGAACGGGAAUAUAGACCCAGUGGAAAGCUUGCCCUACUUCCAUCCUAAAAUUACCAAAGAUGACGCUGUUGACAAACUUAGACAAGCUGGUCCCAACAGUUUCCUUGUGCGUCCCAGUGACAACUCACCGGGCCAUUACACACUGUUCUUCCUCUGCAAGCAGGUUGUACAGAGGUUCAAGAUAGAGAAAGUGGGCAGGCAACUCCUCAUGGGAGGAAGAUACUUUGAUGAUAUGGACUCGAUCAUAAGACGAUAUAAACAGGAGGAGAUAGUUGAGGGUCAUACCCUGUCUACUGCUGUGUGCAGGGACAGUAAAGAUUUACCGGAAAAGGUUCCUCUGCUGGCUAAGCUGGAACACAAGAGUUCUGCAGAGGAUAUCUAUGCCUUCAUACGCAGCUCCACGGGGCCACACAGGCUCAUGGGCCGCAGUGACCGCAUAGAGCGUACAGGCUACCUCCAGAAGAAAAGCAACAAAACGAAAAAGUGGAAGAGCUAUUUCUUUAUCUUAAAUGGCAGCAGUAGGGAACUGUGCUUCUUUGAGAAUGAGAAGCGCUCAAAGUUGAAAGGCUUGAUAGAUCUUAACUACAGCGAGCUUUACCCUGUGGAUGACAGCUUCUUUGGCAGGCCCAACUGUUUCCAACUAGUCACCAAUGCAUUGCAGCACUACCAGAUAUACUACUUGUGUGCAGAAAACACUGACAUGGGCACAAGCUGGAUCAACACCCUGAAAGAGCACUGUGUGAAUACCCAGAUGACGCGGAUCCAGAAACGCUCCACCGUCCUCAAGGAGCUACGCAGCCUUACUGUUGAGGUGAUCGAAAGUCGCAAGCUGCCCCCCAAACACCUCUCUCACCCCUAUUGCGUCAUCACGCUCAACAAUGUGAAGGUCUGCCGCACUGAACACGUUGAUUUAAACAACAUCUUCUGGGGAGAGACCUUUACCCUAGAUGAUAUUCCCGGUGAUGUGAAUUUCAUUGCUGCCAAGAUAUUCAACCACAGUAAGCGUUCAAAGGAUACAGAAGUAGCGAAUGUGACAAUCCCCCUGCAGGAGUUUGACAAUGGGGAGCUGGUGGACAAGUGGUACACGUUAACUCCUUAUUCCCCCGCAGUCCGGGUCGACAUGGGGUCCAUACGUCUGCGCUCCAGAUACAUACACCAGGUUAUCAUGCCCGUGGAACAAUACACAAGCCUUAAGGAUUUGAUCCUGAAUGACUUUGGUAAUAUCCUGACUCUGGCCGAUGUUUGUGGCAGUGAUCGAGUGUCUCUGGCCAAGGCUCUCCUUAACUUAUUCAGGAAUGAGAGACAAGUUAAAGUGCUACUUAAAAACAUCAACGACUACUACAUUGCGAAAGAAGAUGUGGUUUCAACAUUGUUCCGGAGUUCCACUCUGGCCACGACUUUGAUGGACCAGUACAUGAAGAUGGUGUGUACAGAGUUUGUGCACUCUGCCGUGAAGGGCCCUGUCUGUCGCAUCUGUGAUAGCAAGCAAAGCUGUGAGCUGAACCCUCAGUAUUUGGAGAACCAGUCAGAGCUACAGAGUAACAGCGAUCACUUUCUCGAGUUCCUCAGGGACAUGGUGGACUCCAUCUUCAAGUCCGCUGACAAAUGCCCCAGAGUAUUGCGUUAUAUUUUUGGAAGUCUACAAAGAACUGUCUCCGCCAAAUGGCCGGAGGACGAAAGUGUGAAGACUAGAGUUGUAAGUGGAUUUGUCUUUCUUCGGUUACUUUGUCCUGCCAUUAUUCACCCAAAGUCCUUCAACUUGAUAACAGAAACCCCAUCAGAGACGUCGGCUCGGGCGUUGAAGUUGAUAGCCAAGGCGCUGCAGAACCUGGCCAACCUCGUGGAGAGCAAGGAACAGUUUAUGGCCAAGGCUAAUGUUUUCAUCAAGUCAAACAAACAACGCAUGGUCGACUUUCUCCAUACCCUCUCAACAGGGACUGACUGUGUAGAAAUCCAAGAUAAUGCCGUGGGGGAUAUAGCUCGCGACCUCGCCACCAUCCAUCAGCUAUGUGCCACACACCUCGACGAUCUCAGGAAACUUUCCGACUCACAGAAUUCUGUGAAGAAACUGAUCGCAGUGACAGACAUUGCCACGAAUCAUAAGAAGCAAUACAUGGGGGAGAAUACCUGAAACUUUCCUCCCUGAAAACAGCCUGUGUUCAUCUGUGUCUCUCAGAGUACAAACUCUCUCCCAUGAUGGCUGCCCACUGCAACAUCUCUCCUCUCUGACCACUACAGUGCCUGUCGAUUGGUCUGGUCAGUCCACACCCUUGUGCACUCUCCUGACAGUCUUCCCUUGCUAUCAAAGUUUAGCAUUCAGUUUCUUUUUGAUACAACACUUUGGCAGCUAUGUGUGAAGUGUUGUAACGGGCAUUUUAAAAUCAUUCUUGUGAUGAUGAAGUGAGCAUUACUCUGCCAUAUGAACUUGUGUGUCAGUUUAUAACCUGUCUCUACGAUUGUCCUGUUUGAAAGCAAACUUUGUAAGCCUAGAAAUAAAGAAUACACAAUGAUGCUGGAAAUAAGUUUUCUGUAAAUAAACAGGACUGUCAGAUACUUGAGCUACCUCUGCAUUGUGUAUUGUGUUGAUGGUGCUAUUGUUCGUGGGUAUUCUCUGCCAGUGCUGGUGGGUACUGUCUGCCAGUGCUGGUGGGUACUGUCUGUCAGUGCUGGUGAGUACUCUGCCAGUGCUGGUAGGUUCUGUCUGCCAGUGCUGGUGGGUACUGUUUGCCAAUGCUGGUGGGUACUGUCUGCCAGUGAUGUUGGGUUCUCUGCCAGUGCUGGUGUGUAUUCUCUGUCAGUGCUGGUGGGUACUGUCUGCCAGUGCUGGUGGGUACUCUGCCAGUGCUGGUGGGUACUGUCUGUCAGUGCUGGAGGGUACUGUCUGUCAAUGCUGGAGGGUACUCUGCCAGUGUUGGUGAGUACUGUCUGUCAGUGUUGGUGGGUACUGUCUGCCAGUGCUGGUGGGAACUGUCUGUCAGUGUUAAUGGAGACUGUCUGUCAGUGCUGGUGGGUACAGACAGUAUCCACCAGCACUGACAGACAGUAUCCUGUUACCAAAGAUUGACAGCCAGUGCUGGUGGGUACUGUCUGCCAAUGUUGGUGGGUACUGUGCUAGUGCUAGUGGGUACUGUCCUCCAGUGUUGGAAAGUUACUGUCUGCCAGUGCUGGUGGGUACUGUUUGCCAGUGUCAUAUUUGUUAAUUAUUGCUCUUAAUCAAGUAGUGUAUGCAUAGGAUGAGGAUUGGAUACAUUGUUUUAUAUCUGAUAGCAUCAAUCUGCAAGACUCAUUUCUGAAAACCGUGAAGUGCCAAAUGUUUUUGUCGAUAUAAAAGUUUUAAUAGUUACAAACAGAAAUCAAGCAGAUGUUCAUGUUUGUGUACAUUUAAUGUAUGAGGAAACUGAACUGAUUUGAUGUACCCUGUGUACCAUAUCUCAAGUAACUGAUCGGAUAAAAGUCAAUGAGAAUAAGAUGUCUCAAAUGUUAUUGAGUAUUAUACUUGAAUUUGUCUUGUUGUUGAAAGUUUCCUUGAUUGGAUGCAACCCAAGUGUUCAUUAUCUCCAUUUGCCUUAUUUCUCGUACCAAAGGUGUCUUUAUGUAACAUUACAAUCAAACACUCCAAUAUUAUCUGAUAGUGCUAGUUGGAACUGGUGUUUUAGAUGCAUAAUUUUGAUUUUUACCACUAAAAGUUACUAGUUAUUGCUUGGAACCGAGCCUGUUUGCUAAGGGGCCAUGAUUACGAACAGUCUCUCCAGUCUGAUUUCAGACUCCAGCAAAAAAACUGCAAAUCUUCAUUUCAUUGUUACUUACCUUCUAGUUGAGUGAUGAAAUCAUUACUAUUUAUAGUUCUCAAUGACUUACUCUUAUCAAUAUCAAAUCAAUACAUGCAAAUGUAAAACAAACAUAGAUUUUGAGUGAUAAACCUUUAACUACUUCCUAAAUAAUGCAUUAUGGAAAAUAUUAAAUUUUGAUAACAAGAUUAUAACUGUGUAUUUAAUAGCUGAAAAUGCAAAAAUAUUAAAUGAUUGGCGAAUGCUAAAAGAUUUAUUUGAUCUACUUUAGUCUCACAAGGUAGAUAUACCAUGUUUUCUGCACCUUUCUUUCAAAUUCAACUCGAUAUUCUUUAUAAGAAGCAUGUUUUUCGACAUUGUUCAUCCUUUUUCGUAUAUUAAAACAAUUGUAUUAAUUGUGGUAUAUCUUAUUUGGGAAUAAGAGUGCAUCUUUAACUUUUUUAUUUGGACAGGAGACUGUUUGUAAUCCUGGCCACAGAUGAUUUUUGUAUACAUGUAGAAGCUACACAUGAUUUAUGUUUGCAUUUUUUCUAACAAUUUGUCAGCAUUUUAUUUUUUGUUAAAUACAGGUUUUUAUUUCAUGUCGGCCUGUUACCAAAGAUUUUUAUCAUGUUUAUUAUUUUGAAUGGAGUUAAACUCUGCUUAUAUCAACUUCGCAUAAUAUGGAUCCUAAUUUUAGUGUUGGUACUUGCUUUAAAGUGAAGCAGAUGGUAACUGUUGGAAGUACAUGUAUUAUUUAAAAAUAAUUAAGUUAUACCUUCCCUAGCUUGUGCGGUAAUUAAUUUGCUUGCCUACAUUGUAUAUGUUAGAAUGUGGGCUAAACCUGUUAACAUUGUUUUGUAAAAGUUAUUGAAUGUUUUCUUUAUAAUUUAUCAUUUUAUCUAAAUUUUACAUGUUAAUUAAAUUUAUAAUAAAACAAUUAAACACUA